AUGGCAACUUCUCUACUAGGGGAAGAGCCCAGAUUGGGAUCCACUCCUCUGGCCAUGCUAGCCGCCACCUGUAACAAGAUCGGCAGCGCCAGCCCGUCCCCGUCUUCUCUGUCGGACAGCUCUGGCUCCUUCGGGAAGGGAUUCCACCCCUGGAAGCGCUCCUCGUCCUCGGGAAGCUGCACCCUGGGCUCCGGCUCUCUGUCUGGAUUCGGAGGUUCGUCCCGCGGCUGCUCCUCUUCCUCCAGCGCAGCAGCUGCGGCAGCUGCUGCGGCGGCGGCUGCGGCUGCCGCGUUGGUGUCGGACUCCUUCAGGGGAUCGCAGGAGGCGGCAGCGGCGGCUGCAGCGGCAGCAGCGGCGGCUGCAGCCACUCACCACCAGCCGGUCUUCUUAUCCAAGGUGCACGCCUCGGUGGACAGCCUGCAGAGCAUUUACCCCCGGGUGGGGAUGGCGCACCCCUACGAGUCGUGGUUCAAGCCAUCGCAUACCGGAGAUGUGGGCGCUGCGGCAGCCGGAUGGAUAGACGUUCAGACCCCAGGGGCAGGAGCGGCCCUCCACCCCAGCACCCUGCAGGGCUCAUUGCACUCCCCUCUGGGUGGCUACGGCUCAGACUACACAGCUGCCGGCUUUGGACAUUUCACCGGAGGAAGCGCAGGGGGAGGCGCUGCCGGGCAGCACCUGAUGGACGGAUUUAAGCCAGUGAUUGGUCCCGGCUCCUACCCAGACCCCUCUUCUUCACCCUUAUCCGCCGCCGGCUCCAUGCUGGCACCCACCGGGCCCCUAGGAGGGUCCCCUCGCUCUUCUGCCAGGCGCUACUCCGGCAGAGCCACUUGUGACUGCCCCAACUGCCAGGAGGCGGAGAGGCUGGGUCCCGCGGGGGCCAGCCUGAGGAGGAAAGGUCUGCACAGCUGUCACAUCCCGGGCUGCGGCAAAGUCUACGGAAAGACCUCCCACCUCAAGGCACACCUGCGCUGGCACACCGGGGAAAGGCCCUUCGUCUGCAACUGGCUCUUCUGCGGUAAGAGGUUCACCCGCUCCGACGAGCUGCAGCGACACCUCCGAACCCACACCGGGGAGAAGCGCUUCGCAUGUCCCGUCUGUAACAAGCGCUUCAUGCGGAGCGACCACCUGAGCAAGCACGUGAAGACUCACAGCGCGGGGGCGGGCGGGGGCAAGAAGGGAAGUGACACCGACAGCGAGCACAGCCCAUCAGCCAGUCCGCCCUGCCAUUCCCCAGAGCUUCUGCACCCCACGGACAGAAAUGGAUUGGAGUAA